GUAAUCACGUACAUCAAAAAUCUACAUUUGACGAAUUUGGAAAUUACAUUACGAGUUAAGCAGUGAGUUGAAAUAUUUUGUUUCAGUUUUAUUUGGGAUUUAGUAAAAUAAAACAUUUCGUUAUCAACGGAGUUUUAAAUCGGAUAUGACUAAAAUACCUCUAAGAGAUGCGAACAUUUUCUUGCGUAUAAUCAUCACAAACAUUACUCAAGUAUUGCUGACACCAGUCAAAGGCAAACAAAAAUGUCGUAUGAUACGCAAAUAAGUGGCGGGACAGGCAGUUACGAGUUUGGGACUGAUGACGAACAACAUGAGUCAUAUGAUGAGCAACUCGACAAUUCUUAUCUUGACAAAACUUUAGAUUACAUUAGCAUCACCAAAAUCAAUACCAGCCUUGUUAUGGAAUGCAAACAAAAUAAAUAUCAAGAUGAUUUAAAAGAUGCUAGACAUAUUAUUAAUAAGGUCAUAAAUGGGAGAAAACGGAAGUCUUCAAACAAAUUAAAUGCUCCAAAUACAAAGAAUGCUAAAUUUGACAGUGAAAUAGAUACGCGACACAAAAUAUCAAUGAGCGAUACAAACUUCCAGACCCCCUCAAUCAGUUCUGAGCAAGGUCCUGGAACAAUAGGUGCUGAAAGUUCCCCUCCAACUGGCCCAUGCUCAACUGAAUUGCAUAAAACUUUCAACGCUUCACAAGAGUACAAACAAAAGGUUAAAAGGCUUCUGUUUAAACCACAAUUAAUGCGUAUUCUAAAGGAGAAAGGGUCCGAUUUCAAAGUCAAUUUUUAUUUAGUUGAAAACAAGGCAAGUACUAAAUUUUCAAAAGUAUUUUCAGAGAUGGUUACAGAGGAAUGUAAAGAACGACUUUGUCGAGAGAAGGAGGUAACUAAAUCAUACAUGCUUUUAUUCUACAGAAAUAUAAAGAAAGAAAAUCGUUAUACACCUGAGAUAUACGCAUUAACAACCGGUUCUGCAAGGCUGAUUGUAGAAGAUUUUGCAGAGAUGAAUUUUGUCAAAACUAUUGAGAGACGGGUUCUACAAUUUCCGUUUCAUGAGGUUAAGUAUAACCCUGUUGAUGGACGUACAUGCCGGGAAUCGAAGUUGGCAAGACCAGGCCAUGAAAUUACAUUUACAACAUGGGAUUUUCUUGGAAUAUUAGUAAAGAAUCGAACCAGACAAAUUCGCAAGGACUCAUCUUUAUACUCAUCUGAAAUAGAUGCAUUCGUGACUCAAACAGAAAAACAUAUGAAAUCUAAAUUUCAGCUUGGUAAAAAGAAGUUGAAGAUUCAACGUAAGCUAAAACUGUCUCAACUUGGACUUUUGUUGAACCAUUUUUCAAAAAUAUGGUUAAACAAAAAGACAUACCUAGUAGGUAAGGGAAAUAAUGAAGAAGAAGAUGAUCCAAGGUUUCAAAUGUAUGAUUACGUUUCAAGCGUCACUGAUGAAGAGCUUCGUCGAGAUUUAGAUAAAGAACUGUACAAAACUAUGCAAGGCAGUAUGAAUGGUGCAGAUUCUAAACUAUAUCUAAUUAGUGAAAAUAAAGCCUGGGCAAAGGCAGAUGAGUUCAGACUUCAAUGUUUGAAUAACAUGUUGAAAUCAACACCCGUACCAAAUAAGAAGACACGCUACCAAACAAUAAAGAAAUGGAAUGAUUUUCCAAGUCUCAAUGAUGUCAUGAGGACGUUAAAGAAAAAGUGUGCGCCGGAUUUUAAACCAGAAUGGUUAGAUAACGUCAUUCUAAAAUUUAGAAAUAUAAUGGCACCCCUGAAAAAAUGCAUCGUCAGUCGUUUUAGUGCAGGUGGCAUCGGAACGUAUAUAUAUUAUCAUGGAGAGUGGAUUGAGAUGAAAGCUGAAUACCUUUAUUGCAUUGAAAGGGACUUUGUUGAAAUAUUGAAGAAUCACUGCCAAAGUGAUCUACCUUUGCUUCUUCCAUGGAAACAUCUUAGCGAAAAAGGGGAGAAGAAAAUAGAUAGAAAGAAAGAUGAACAAAAGUUCCAGUUACAACAAUUCAAGACCGAAACGAUGGUACCAAAGUGGAAAAGUCAUUAUGAAAAAGUCUGCAAAGGUGAAACUUUACAAGAACUCCUAAAGCUUAUGGAAGACAAAACCGAUCUUCCAGUUUAUGACUUUGAACAGUUUCAAAAGAUGAGUUCAUGCAAGAAAGCUGCGAGCCUGUACAAGCUUUUGGAGUGUAGACUUGAAGAGGACAGCUACAAUUCAGCCCAUACGUUACUGAACAUGAUCUUACCUGAUUCAUCUAGCACCAAAAUAAUAACAUGUGAUAAAAAACUGGUGAAUGGUAUCGAGCUUUGCGACAUAAUGAUUUUCAACGAGAGUGCUACAUACCUUGUUCACGUAAAAGCAAAAUUCAGUGGAGAAUCUAUUCGAGCGGUUUGCUCUCAGAUAAGAAAUGCUGCUGAUUACAUUUAUAGAGAGAUCACUCUAGGAAGAAGUACUGGUAUUAUCGAUCAGUACUGGAAGGAGCUCACCAAAGCUGCUGCUAAACCAACAACACACGAAAAUGAAGUGAAAGGUGUUUUGGAAAAUAUGACAAAGAAGAAAUUCAAGGAAUAUUUCAAAGAGGGGCGGGAUAUCAUAUUUGUCCUCGCGUGUCGAGACACCAGGGAGAAUGCAGAAUUUAUUGAAUUUAGUGAUAAUCCUCGAUUAUUAAAAGUUCCUAUGGCAGAAGAGAUCCAGAAAAAGAUUAAAGAGAAACCAUCUGAAAUCAUCUCUAAAUUAACAGAAGAAAAGUUUCUUACUGAAGAUGGACAUUUAACAAACAAGUUUAUUUUAGAAGGAAAGAACACCAAAGAAGCAUUUAUAGAAAAAAUUAAACAAUGGGAAUGUAUUAAGAAUAAGAAAACGGCAAUACAAGUGUCUGAAGUUCUUAUGUCCGGGCUUUCAAAAUCAAAAAUCCAACUAUCGCUUUAA